GCGCGACGCCAUUGCCCGUCUUCCCUCUCCCCGUCGUCCUCUUCUUCCCUGCAAUUGCGCAUUCGCUCCCCUCCCCCAACAAACCCCCCUCUCCCUCUCCCCUCGCAUCGCAUCCCUGGAAGUCAGGAAGGAAACCCGUUGCCGACACGACCCCGGCGUGCGAGCGCCACGGAAAUCAUCCGGCUCCCUCCCCCACGUCCGCCGGCGGCGGCGGCCGAGCAACGGUGAUGGCUCCUAACAUGGAGACGUAUACUACAGAUGACGCACUUACCAUGAUGGGGUUUGGGAAAUUCCAAGCGCUUGUUCUGUUCUACGCUGGGAUGGGCUGGGUCGCAGAAGCCAUGGAGCUCAUGCUCUUGUCGUUUCUUGGUCCGUUCAUUCGAGAGGAAUGGAACGUCUCCCCGGAGAACGAGAGCCUCCUUUCAAGUGUUGUCUUUGCUGGCAUGCUGUUAGGUGCAUGUGCUUGGGGCUUUGUUUCCGACAAAUAUGGACGGAGGACUGGUUUAAUCUUUUCAACUCUGUUUACUAGUGGAAUGGGUUUUCUAAGUGCUUUAUCUCCUAACUACUUAUGCUUGGUGGCUCUUCGGUUUCUCGUUGGAGUAGGAGUGGGUGGCAGCCAUGUGUUUAUAUCUUGGUUUUUGGAAUUUGUUCCUGCACAAAAUCGUGGCACUUGGAUGGUUAUUUUUUCCCUUUUCUGGACUCUCGGCACAAUCUUGGAAGCUUCACUUGCAUGGGUUGUAUUACCAGCAUUGAAUUGGAGGUGGCUGCUAGUAUUCACCGCCCUUCCAUGCUUCCUCUUGCUUCCUUUCUUUGGACUAACACCUGAGUCUCCGCGCUACCUUUGUGCACAAAAUAGAAUGUCUGAUGCCACUGCUGUCCUGGAGAGAAUGGCCAAUGCAAACCAAUCAGCUCUUCCUCCAGGAAUUCUCACAUACAAUAGACAAACAAAAUUUGAUGACGACGCUCUUGCUUCUGAGAGUGAAUGUCUUCUUCCUGUCAGAGAGAAGGAAUGCACAGUUGACAAUGCCAAGAGCUCCGAAUCUGGCUGUCUUGCUUCAUUGCGCAUACUAUUAUCACGCAAACUGCUCAGAUCAACUCUUCUUCUUUGGUUUGUUUUCUAUGCAAAUUCCUUUGCUUAUUACGGGUUAGUAUUGCUGACAUCACAGUUGAGUGAUGCAAAUAAAAACUGUGCAUCUGGUGUAAAUGUUGGUCUGCACCAAAAGGUUACCAAUCUUUACAAAGACACUUUCAUCACUAGUUUAGCAGAAAUCCCAGGUUUAUUUUUGUCUGCUGUUCUUGUUGAUUGGUUUGGUCGAAAAGCUUCGAUGUGGUCUAUGAUGUUUGCAUGCUGUGCUUUCCUUGGACCACUUGUACUUCAACAGAAUGAGCUGUUGACAACUAUUCUUCUAUUUGGUGCCCGUGCGUGUGCCAUGGGGAGCUUUACAGUUUUGUGUCUUUAUGCUCCAGAGGUAUAUCCAACAGUUGUCCGCUCAACCGGUGCAGGAAUUGCAACCGCCGUUGGUAGAAUUGGUGGGGUUGUUUGCCCUCUUGUUGCUGUCGCUAUGCUGCGGAGCUGCCACCAGAUGGAAGCACUCAUUGUGUUUGAGGUGAUAUUAUGCCUUGCUGCAGUUGCCUGCAUAUUCUUCCCUGUAGAGACCAAGGGCCGUGGAAUGGAUUGAUUUUGUAGUAUCAGACUUUGGCAUUCAGAUGAGCUUGUAGUUCAUCACUGUUCAAAAUUUCUACCAUCAUUAUGUGUACAGAGAAUACACAUGUAACAUGAUGUUUGAUGUGUAUAACGAGCUGGAUAGUUCUUCAAAAUAUACGCAUGACUUUCCAAAUUUGUUAGAUACUUCCCUGUGGAUUUUGUACUAUCAAAACAUUGAAAGGCAGGUCUACGAACCGAGUUAUAUUUCUGCUAUCA